UUCGUACUUGCUCCAGUAGAGGGUCAAAGUCUGUGCCCAAAGCAACAAUAGACAGUGUGUAGCAUAAAGCAAACGGAGUUCCACAUCACGUAAACCCAACAGACUUCCAGCACCGAUGGCGAACUGUCCGAAAUUUAGGUUUUUGUUUCUGAUUUUAAUGUUUUUUCCUGUUGAUGCCGAGUGGAUCAUCGCUCCCAGAAGGCUUUACGAGAACAUUGACUACAGGGGACUUGAGUUCAUUGCCAGGAUUCGCUCGGAUAAAGAAAAUUUCACAAAAGUCUUCUAUUCACUACGUGGCCCUGGUGUUAACGAGUACCCAUUUAAUGUAUUUGGCGUUGAUUCUAACACGGGAUAUGUUAGAAUCUACGCUAUUUUGGACAGAGAACAAUUUGACUCCUAUCAAUUACUAGGUGAGGCAAGAUUUAGCGAUGGAACCCGUGCAGAAAAAGACAUCCCCAUUCCUAUCAAAGUUUUGGAUCAGAAUGACUGUACACCUGUGAUCAAACUACAGACUGGCUCAGUUCUUGAAGCAAGUGCAAUUGGCACCGUUGUGAUGAGGGUGAUCGCCACUGACGCAGAUGAAGAAAAUUCUCUCCACUCACAGAUACAUUACAGUAUUGUGCAGGAGAGUAAUGUCGGGGGCAUGUUCGAGCUAAAUGCAAGAACAGGAGAGGUCAUAGUGCGAAGGACUACGCUGGACAGAGAGACUAAAGACACUUACAAGCUCACCAUAAGAGCUGCUGAUAUGAAUGGUGCAGCUGGAGCAAAUGUGGGAACGGGCGAAAUUGAAAUAAAACUUCUGGACAUAAAUGACAAUAUUCCCACUCUGGAAAGAGAAUUUUAUGAGGCAAGUGUGGAGGAAAAUACAGUGAAUGUGGAAGUGCUGAGGAUUCAAGCGAUUGACCUGGACAUGAUGUACUCUGAAAACUGGAUGGCUGUUUAUGAGAUAACCGACGGAAACCAGGCUGGCUAUUUCACCAUUACCACGGAUCCAAAAACAAAUGAGGGAAUAAUCAUGAUUCAGAAGUCGAUUGACUAUGAAGAACUCAAAGUCGUCAACCUGGAAGUGUCUGUGCGCAACAAAGCGUCGUACAACUUUGGAAGUGCGGUGAUAGUAGGAGGAGUAGGAGGAGGAGGGGCUGGAGGAGGGGCUGGAGGAGGAGCCGGGAAAGGAUACCCAAUCAAAAUCAAUGUGAUCAACCAGAAAGAAGGCCCCAAAUUCCAGCCAAGUGUCAAAGUAGUGGCCAUUUCAGAAGACCGUACACAAGUGACACUCCACUCCAUCAUCAGUAGAUACGCUGCCAUAGAUACGGACACAGGGCUGAUAGCGACUAACGUCAGAUAUGCGAAGAUCUAUGAUGAGGAUAACUGGCUGAUCAUUGAUGAGAAUACAGCUGACAUUAAGCUGAAUAAGUUGCCAGAUCGGGAGUCCAAGUACUUGAUCAAUGGAACCUACUAUGCUCAAAUUAUUUGCAUCACUAACGACUCCCCAGCCAAGACUGCUACCGGCACCAUUGCAAUUCAAGUGGAGGACUUCAAUGACCACUGCCCAGAGCUGACCGUCACCAAACAGACCAUGUGCUUCGAGGACACAUCUGUUUACGCCACGGCCGUCGAUAAAGACGAAUUCCCCAACUCAGCACCAUUUGUUUUCACUAUCAUUGAAUCUAAAACUACAGGAGGAAAAUGGACUGUGGAGCCUUUCAAUGAAACUACUGUCAUUCUGAGGGAACACUCCAACGUCUGGCCCGGUCAUUACAAGGUUGCCCUGGAGAUAAAAGACCAGCAGGGCAAAGCAUGUGGAGAGGUGCAGGUGAUGGAUGUGUCUGUGUGCACUUGUGAGGAGAAUACAAAAACCUGCACACAUCGAACCAACAAGACUGUGGAGUUCGGGCCCUGGGGUAUCCUUGCGCUGCUGCUAGGCCUGCUCUUUCUACUAUUGCUUCCUCUGCUGCUGCUGUUCUGCCUGUGUGGAGGGGCCUCUGCUCUAGGAGAUUUCAAGGCUAUUCCUUUUGAAACAAAACAACAGCUUAUUUCAUAUCACACUGAGGGAAAAGGAGAAGACAAGGACGUGCCGCUCCUCACCGCCCCCCUGGAGAUAGAUGGUGGCGCGGGGGUGGUCACUAAAGACGUGAACACCCUGAGCGGAGGUGGAACCAUGGGAGGAGGAGGAGGAGGGUUUGGAGGAGGGUUUGGAGGAGGCAUGCACACAAACACAUGGAGGGAGAACGUGGACGAUUAUAACCAGUACAGCCACUUCAACAGAUAUGGGCACAGGGAACACUUUCAGGGAGGGACGCUGACCGGACACGAGCACUACAUGACCCAAACUGGUGCUGGAGCAUUUGACGGCAUGGCCCUCUCCGAAAACUUCCUGGGAGAGUAUUAUUUAAAUAAAUCCAGUCAUGAAUCGCAGCAAAACCAACAAAAAGAUGGAUUUCUGGUGUACGAUUAUGAGGGGCGGGCGUCACCAACAGGUUCGGUGGGCUGCUGCAGUCUUCUGGAGAAAGACAAUGACCUCUCUUUCCUCGACGACCUCGGACCCAAGUUCAAAAAGCUCGCCGAAAUCUGCCAGGGCUCUGAAAUCGUAACCGAGACCGUGGACACCGGGCUCUCCAUCUCCCCUCCCAAACCCGUGUCUCCGGUUAUUCCCUCCACGCACACCCACGUCCACACGCACUCCGAAACCAUCCGCGACAGGGAGAGCAACGUCAACGUCAGCUCUUCCCACGUGACCUCCGGUAACUCCACCCUGAUCCAGGAGCGGCACACGGAAACUAAUCGGCCCAAUGUACACGUGCAGGUGCCUACUCAGACUCUGCUCAUCCAGCAGCCCGCCAUGUACUACGCAGCCACGCCCAUGUACAUGGUGGAGCCUAACCCGCAGGUGGUGCUGGUGGCAGGGGGUGCUCAGCAAACAGUAGGACAGGUGGGGCAGGUUGCGGUGGGGCAGAUGGGGUUGACUCAAGGGUUGGGGCAGGUGGGGUUGACUCAAGGGUUGGUGCAGGUGGGAGGUCUGCAAGGAUCUCAAGGCGUGGUUCUAGUGGAUCGGCAGGUAGGGCAGGUGGGCCAAGGUGGCUCCUCCAGGUCGCAGCAGCAGGUGAUAUUGGUGGAGGAGGGCGGGGUGACGGAGCAGGGCGGACAGCGCGUCGUUCUCUCCCGCCAUGGCUCGUCGGGUCAGGGGCUAGAGGUCACAGGUCAGGGGUCGGUGAAUGUGCAGAGCGUGGUUGGCGGUUUGUCGGGUUCCACGGGGUCAGUGGAGGAUUUUGCGCUGACAUCGGGGCCCAAAGCUUCAGGCAGUCAGAGAGUGGUUGUACAACAUAAGAAAGUCACAGUCACUGAAUCUAGAGAAUCCAGGGCAUAGGGUGUUCUUUGUUUGCUGUAUCCACAAUGUCAGUUUGUCACAAUGUGUUAGAAUAUUUUAGAACAGUGCCACUCAAACUUGAAAUACUUUAUAACAGGAUUAUUCCAAGGUCAAAUCUAGGUCUUAAACUGGAUUACACAUUUCUACUGUAACUCUAAACAAAGAUUUAUCUAAAGAAAAACCAAAAAGUGUAUAAAAUGAACUAAAAAUUUGGUAGAGUUCCACCUGAAGGAGCUUGUGUACCACCACAUUUUGAGACACUGUUUUAGAAUGCUACUUCACUGGCUGUGUGCUAUGAUGACCAUAAGUACAGUUUUACUGCUGCCAUUUUUUGGUUGUGUUUUUGUUAUGUUUUGGGUCUUUUUUUUUUUUUUUUUUGCAACCUUGACAUUAUCAUUGCAGUAUUGGUUUUUCAGCUGGCUCAUAGCAAAAAUGAAUGAUUUUGAUUUUAAAUUCCAUAAACAUGAACUAACUGUGUCCUCAGAUAAACAAAUCAAAUACAGCUUUUACUGGUAACUAUUGUAAUGCUUAGGAUUGUUAUUUUAAUGUGUUUUUUAACAUCUUCAGAAUGCCGACUACAUACAGUUCCUUUAAGGACAUUCAGUCAGAGUGUCCCUCACUGGUCCUCGCCCUAAAACAUUGUAUUUACUGCCCUAGUACUUGUGAAGGAACUCCCACAUAAACAACAGGCCAAACCAGUCAGACCUACAGCGGGGCAUACCAAUUAUCCCCACCCCACACCACUCUGAUUGGUGACCUCUCGUUUGUACUGCUAAAGACUGCAACUGUCAUGUUUAAAAGUACUGUACAGGUACAGUUUUUACUUGUUGUUUAGGUCGGUGGACUGAUGUUAAUAUUUUGAAUCACACAUGGAAAAAUAGUUGUUCUAACAUGACUUUAACUACACUUUUUUUUGCACUUUUUUGUAUAUCCAGAGAUUGCCUUUAAUAGUUUACAACAUUAUUUUAUACUGCAUUGUUCUAUGCAAAAUGGAGUUAAUACUAAACACAUUUUGGUAUCACUUUAUAAUAGCUUAAUUGGCCGUAAUAAAGCAUGGUUUAUUUAUUAAAGUUUAUCAAAGGUCUUUUACCAGAUUUUUUUACCAUGUAUUUGAGGAAAAUUGUCCUGCCCCAGUACAAGCAGCUUUUGAGAUUAAAAUAAGUCUGCUCUGUUCUGCUGUCUGCAUUUAAUUAAAAAGCAUUUUACUGUCCAGAUAAUCAGGAAGUGCAGGGUUAGCAUACUAGUUGUUGUUAAAGGUACCAUCAAGGCAAAAAAGAUUAUCUAGAUUUUUUAGUGCUCCUGCUGGGAAAAAAGAAGUUUUCUCUUAAUGAAGCACAGCCAAAAGUAUUUUCCACAAAUGAACAAGAAUCACUAAUCUUGACUGAUACCAAACAAACUUCUAUUAGUAACCUGGGUAUUGUUUUGUUUCUGUUAAUGCACUCUUUUGUAAAAUAUAUUUCUAUAUAUGCGUGUGCUUAAAUAUUUGCAAAUAACAGGUAGAUCUUUUGUAUAUUAUGGGAAUAAAUGCUGAAAGUUCACAUUUGUUGAUAAUUUUUGGUUUGGGAUUUAAUGCUGUUUUUUAUGAAAUGCUUAAAAACAAAUCUUUGAGAUGUAUUUGAAAAUAAAUAAAAGAGGUUCUAAUGUUGA